AUGCGGUCCAUUUCUUGCUUGUUCCUGGUCACUCUUUUGACUACAGUAUCCUCCUCGUUGUUGGAUAAGCUUGGGAAAACGCAGCUCAGUGAACUCGUGAAGACCAAGUUUGAGAAGAAAGAUUUGGAUGAUAUCUUCGACAAAGAAGCAUUUGACAAGUUGGAGGAAUUCUUCAAGGAGAACAAGACCCACGAAUUCAUCGAUAAUUUGAAGGGACUCAGUGACAACGCGAAGAAAUCCCUGAAACUCUCCACCGAAUUCCGUCAAAAGCUGGACUCCAAUGAUAGCAAGCACUUCAACAAGUUCUUUGGAUUCAUCGCAAAGUAAGUAUGCAAUUCGUAUGAGCUCACAUCUUGCAGGUACGAAAAGGAGUACCACAAUCACACCCACGUCUCUGAGAGCUUCAAAAAAUUCAAAUCUACUCUGAAAAGAAUUGAGGAUAGACAGAAGGAGAGCCCCAAGGCCAAAUUUGGCAUCAACCAAUUCUCAGACCUGACUCCAGAAGAAUUCAUCGCCAAACACACGGGACUCAAGGGAGUUGAGUACCUCAAGGAGCUCCAUAAGAAUACCAACAGCUCUAAUUUGCUCCGCUCAAAGAGAGACACCGCCCAGAUUCCUUGCAACUUUGAUUGGAGAGAACAUAAUGGAGUUACCCCUGUGCAGAACCAGGGUGGUUGUGGAUGUUGCUAUGCAUUUCAGUCUGUUGCUGUUGUAGAAAGCCAACACCUUAUCCAUACUGGACAGACUCUCCAUCUGAGUGAGGAGCAGGUUAUUGCUUGUACCUUCAACGUAUCCAAGUACACUAGCAACGGAGGCUGUAAUGGAGGUACGACUCCGGGAGUGUUGGACUACGUCAUUGACAAUGGAAUCACGCUCGCAGACGAUUUCAAAUACACUUCCGGAGAUGGGGAUCACACAGUCCCCCCUUGCCCUAGCGGAAAGCCCUAUGCCACCAGGAUCACAAAACAAGAGUUCUUACCGCAGUACGACGAGGACAACGUGGCCAAGAUUGUGUAUGAAGUGGGACCAGUUGCAAGCGGUAUGUCUGAACUACUAAUAUUCGCAUGUUCUCUCUAGGUAUUGAUGCCGGCGGCAUUCAAGAUUAUAAGAGUGGGAUCCUCGACGUUGCCGAACCCUCGGGCGGUUGGUCCAUCAAUCAUGGUGUCGUCAUCGUUGGGUAUGGAGUGGAAAAUGGCACCAAGUACUGGAUCUUCAAGAACUCGUGGGGAGUCGGAUGGGGCGACCAAGGAUUCUUCAAGGUGAAGCGCGGCGUUAACUCUCUUGCCAUGUCCGAAUUUAAUUAUGCUGCCUACUUCUGA